AACACGGCAAAAGCUAUGUUCCGGUGUCCCUGUUGAAGAUAUUUUUGGGUUGCCAUUUUUACUCAACAUAACAAACCAAAAUGAUUCACUAGACACAAUGUGUUUAUUUGUGACUGCUAAACAUCAGAAGAAAAAUCGCUAGUUAAAAAUGGCUGACCCUGCCGUGAUGGGAAGCAGCUCUUUAAACUCUGGAAACCGCUCUGCGUCCAGUAAGGCUAGCACAAGUCCUUCGGAGAACUACCAGCUGGCCCGGCGGCGCACGCUGCAGGUGGUGAUUAGCUCUCUGCUCACAGAGUGUGGCUUCGAGAGUGCUGAGAAGGCUGCGGUCGAGACCCUCACUGAGAUGAUGCAGAGCUAUAUAUCUGAGGUUGGACGUUGCGCAAGGGCGAACUGUGAACACACUGCUAGGAGUACUCCUACACUCUCUGAUGUGGUCAUUACACUGGUCGAAAUGGGUUUCAAUGUGGAUACUCUUCCUGCGUACGCCAAGAGAUCUCAAAGGAUGGUCAUAACUGCACCCCCAGUAACAAAUGCCUCCGUCGUACCGAAAGCCCUCAUGACUGGUCAGAAGCGCACUCACCCUCCACACAUCCCAAGCCACUUCCCAGAAUUCCCAGAUCCUCAUACUUACAUCAAAACGCCAACUUUUCGAGAGCAUGUGUCAGAUUACCAAGUUGUAAGAGAGAAAGCAGCCUCACAGAGGAGAGAUGUGGAACGUGCUCUUACACGCUUCAUGGCCAAGACCGGAGAGACUCAGAGCCUAUUUAAGGAUGACAUCAGUGCCUUCCCCUUGAUCGCUGCGCGGCCAAAUUCCAUCCCGUACCUGAGCGCCCUGCUGCCCUCUGAACUAGAGCUUCAGAUGCUGGAGGAAACCGAUUCAUCUGAACAGGACGAUCAGACGGACACGGAGAACAAUCCCAACAACAUGAUUCAGGAUGAUCAAGGUGCAGAUAAAGAGAAUGCAGGUCUGCCACCUGGUGGUGGUGUGCCGGCAGGGAAGCCCAGUGAGGAAAAUAUGAUUGACAACCCUUAUCUACGACCAGUCAAGAAGCCCAAAGUGAGACGGAAAAAAUGAACAUUGCGAUAUUGCUGUUUGAACAAGUUCUGGUGAUGAAUAAUGACUUUUAGGCACUUGCUAAUGACAUUUUGAGGAGCCAGUCCUGAAACGACUCCAAUUUGGAAACGGUGUCUCAGCGCAGUGCUUCAGCUUUGGUCAACCAAGUUACUGUCAUUUGAUUCCUAUGGAAUGACAGACUGAACAAAAAUAUUACAAAAUACAGUUUUCAAAAAUACUACCACACGUUACAAUUUACAUCCAAAACCUAGCUAUAUACAUUUAAAGAUGCUACAUCCUAAAAUACAAAUUUUCAGCUUUUACGAAUCACAAAGGCAUCACACGUGUUAUUCUCUAUUGAUUCCGAUGUACUGUAUGUUACUUUGGAUGAUGGUAAUAAAUGUCUUUCUAUUGUUUGG